AUGAAUGGGAAGAAGGAGCUGAGGGGACGAGACAGGCCUAGGGUUCCCCCACCAGAAGAGGAAGAUCCCAGAGUGAAGUGCAAGGAAUGUGGAGCCUUUGGGCACACUGCAAGAAGCAGGAGAUGUCCCAUCAAGUGCUGGGUCAGGACCAUGGUCCCACUGCCCAUGAACACAAAGAAGCAGAAAGAGAAGCAGCAAUCCUGGAAGCCCCCAUAUUGUCAGAAGGCCGGGGCGUUUCAACAGGCUGAUAGACAAAAGGAGCAGGGAGCGGGGCAAAAGGAGCAGCCGAGGAAGGCGCUGGUCCAGAAAUUUCCCAGAAAUCGCCAAGGGAGGCAGGUGUACAACUGGACAAAUGUGGCAGAGUCCUGUGAUGACUUGAGGCAACCAAACAGGCCAAAAUUCGACUCUAGAAAUAGGAACGGAUGUUUCCUUGGCAAUGUUGAAAAUCCUCAACCAACUAUCAACAUAUCUGAAAUGGGAUCCAUGGGCCCUAAGUUGUCAGCCAUCAAAGGAACAGAAUUUACUGUCUUUUCUCCUGCGCAAAAUAAAGGUCCGAGUUUAGCUCUCACUGACAUCACCAGGCCGGCAUUGAGAAACUCUCUUCAAGACAGUGCCCUCCUUAUGAAGAACACCCUCCGAUGUCCAGAUGAUGGCUCCCCCAGUUUUUACGAGGCUGUCUCUACAAAGCAUGGCACUGGCCAAAUGCUCAAACUUCUGCUACCAACACAGUUACCUGAUGCAAAGAAGCAGUCCUGCUUGCGAGUUGCAUCUCAUACAUCUGUGCAGAAGUCCCAAAUCAGCUUUAGAGCAUCAAACAAGAGACCUGCCCACGUCCCUGUGCACAAUGACCAGAAUCCCCCAAAGAAAGCAAGACUCAAACCCUCUGAUAUCACCCAGGAGCACCCUGGAAAAGCUGUCCUGAAACAUCUCCAGGCUGUGCCUCCUCCACAAAAUAAAAAUAGACGUGGUUUGAAAGUAUCAUGUCAAGAGACUGAGAAAAUAUCAGCACAGGGACCCAGUGAUGACCUACAGGCUGCACACAACCAAGCUCGGAUGGAUUUUGCCAUGUCCUACACUGAGUCCAAUAACCCACUGUCAAGCCAUGUUCCAGGCCAACCCCUCAGAAUGAUCUUCAAGAGGUUGUACAGUGACAACUGGAGCUCCAGGUUGGUGACACCUCUGUCAUCCCAAACUCCUGAGAAGACAAGCCUUCCUGACACCAGGCCUGCCAGCCCAGAGAUGCCUGAGUGUCAUGGCAGCCAUGUGCCACUGAGUGUCCUCUAUGAGGAUCUAUGGGUCUCCUCUUCCUCUGAGGAGAGUGAUUUGGAGUGA